GGACGCUGGCAUUACAUUCAGCAGUCAGUGUAACUAGAUUUUUCCUGUGUGGGGACACAAGGCAGAACACAAUGAAACUUGUCAUUUGCUGCAGCACCUUGCUGCUGUUCCUCAUCCUUCCCAGAGCCAGCCAAGGUGGCAACAUCUUGGUUUUUCCAACUGAAGGCAGCCACUGGAUAAACAUGGACAUUCUGCUUAAAGAGUUGCACUCCAGAGGACACAAUAUAACAAUUGUGCGCUCCAGCAAAAGCUGGUACAUCAAGGCUAACUCUUCUUAUUAUCAUAGCUACACUGUUCCUGUUGAGAGAACCUUAGAUCAACAGUUUCUUAAAAAGAUAAUAUCUGAAGCAAUACAGUUUGAACGAGGGGCUAUUCCUUUGACAAGUUUUCUUCAGUGGACUAUAGGCGCACUUGACAUAUUUGUUGAUGUUCAUGCAGCUAUUGGUGAAUUUGUCUCAGCUAUGCUAGAUGAUACACAAUUGAUGAGAACCUUGAAUGAGAGUAAGUUUGACCUGGUGCUCACUGACCCCUGCUGGGGUGGUGGAGUUAUUUUGGCCAAAUAUUUGAACCUUCCUUUGGUCUAUAAUGUUCGCUGGCUCAUACCUGAAGAGGCUCAUUUUGCUAUUGCUCCUUCACCCAUAUCCUAUAUUCCUAUAACAGGAUCUGGCAGCACAGAUAAGAUGACAUUUUUUCAGAGAGUGAAAAACAUGAUUUUAUAUUUGAUAACCCAAAUGCAAAGCAGCCUUGCAGUUAAACAAGUAUAUCAGCAAGUUUGUGACAAAUAUCUUGGUCCUGGUCAUGACUUUGAUCAGAUGAAGAUUGAUGCAGAUAUUUGGUUGAUGAGAGUGGACUUUGUGUUUGACUUUCCACGCCCCACCAUGCCUAAUGUUGUUUACAUGGGAGGCUUCCAGUGUAAACCUGCAAACCCACUUCCUGAACAUCUGGAGGAGUUUGUGCAGAGUUCUGGAGAUCAUGGAUUCAUCAUCAUGUCUCUGGGAACUUUUGUGGAUGAACUUCCUGAUGACCUGGCAAAUUACAUUGCUGCAGCUUUUGCUGAAUUACCCCAGAAAGUCAUCUGGAAGUAUAAAGGCAGCAGACCAACCACUCUGGGGAACAACACUUUACUUGUUGACUGGAUGCCACAGAAUGACCUGUUAGGACAUCCUAAGAUAAAACUGUUUGUGGCUCAUGGAGGAACAAAUGGAGUCCAAGAGGCCAUGUAUCACGGAGUCCCAGUUGUGGGUCUGCCCUUGUUUUUUGACCAAUAUGAUAACCUGCUCCGUCUGCAAGCAAGAGGUGGAGCUAAGAUCCUCUCAAUAGCCACAGUGGACAAAGAUGACAACUUCCUGAAGGCCAUCAAAGAAGUCCUGAACGAGCCGUCCUACAGCAUGAACAUGCAGAGACUUUCCAGGCUGCACAGAGAUCAGCCAAUGACACCCAUGGAUAACGCCCUCUUCUGGAUAGAGUUUGUCAUGAGACACAAAGGUGCAGCUCACCUGAAAGCCCAGUCCUACAAAAUGUCCUGGUAUUCCUACCACUCUGUAGAUGUAUUUCUGUUCCUGACCGGAGCUGUGCUGCUCAUGCUUCUAACUGCUGUCAUCUUUAUAAGGUGUUUAUGCAGAGCAGUCUGUAAAAAGAAGGUAAAACGAGACUAAUCAUUCAAGGUAUUUACAUUAUGUAAAAUAUUAAAUUUAUAAUGUAAUGUUACAAUUUUAGAGUUUCUAAGUUUUUUUGUUGAUUUCAUAAGGGGACAUUUAGGGGGAUAACAAUUGGGAAAUUGUCUGCAUUUUACUCAUCUCUAGUAGAUUUACUACAGUAGAUUUUGAUGUACUUUAU